CCUGCAGACAGGAACCAGAACCGUCACCAGAGCAAGUCGUGAUUUCUUCCAUCAGGGUAACCGGAGACCAUGGGACAAGAAGAGAGCCACACUGAGGAGAUGGACUUGGCUCAGAUUCAGGAUCUGUGCAUCAUCUUCAUGAAGGAGUGUCCGAGCGGCGCGCUGCACCUCCACGAGCUGAAGAAGAUCUUUGGGGUGCCGAGCAGCUCUGAGGAGUCCCUCUACGUCGAGACCAUAUUCCGCUCCUUUGAUACAAACCAGGAUAACACACUUGAUUUCCUGGAGUAUGUGGCGGCACUUCACCUGAUCUUUAGAGGGAACCUUGAAGAUCGGCUCAAGUGGUCUUUCAAGAUGUACGACAAGGACGGGAACGGCAAGCUGGACAGACAGGAGGUGAAACGCAUCAUAAGGAUUAUUUACAAAAUCAAGUUCCAGACGAGCAGCGUCAACAUGUCUCCGUCUGAGAUCUGCGACCGGAUCUUCGAGUUGGUCGACCAGAAUAAUGACGGUCAGAUAACUUUGUCAGAGUUCAUGGAGGGAGCACAAAAAGACGAAUGGGUCAUGAACCUGCUCAAAUUGGACGUCAACGCCACCAGCUGGGUCACCCAGAACAGUGUGAAAUUACCAUGACUCCCAGGCUCAGUGGGGUCACCGCCCACAUGUUUUGGAUUGAGGUGCUGACUUCAUACCUUGGGUUUAGGAGCUUUACCUUCGCUUCCUGUGACUUGAAGCUGGAGAGCGGUGUACUUUGUCAUGGCUGCAGCUCUGCCAGGAUUUGGACGGCUGGUCCAAAGGUCCGAGUCCUUGCUGUGGUCCGUCUUGGCAGUGAGCUCAUGUCUCUAUCGAAGAAAACCCAAUACUCACAUAGAAAGUGUGUUGUUAAAAGCUGUAUGGUCAGUUAUUGCAUAUUUAUUAAUGCAUGUAUCUUUAGUUUAGACAUGUCGGCCAUAAUGGAUUUGUAAACAAAUAAAUAACCCCAAAGUAAAGAGUCAACUUUACAUUGACAAG